AUGAGCGUCUUCGAGAGUGUCAACCACUCGCUGCUGAACCCGGGCGAGGUGUACGGCAAUGAACCACGUCAGAUUAAGCGCAAGUCCAGCCCACUCCUAAAAAUUGUCGGAGUGCUGCUCGUUGGUGCGGCAAUCGGAACCAUCUUGGUCACCGGAGCCGGCCGCUGGCACGUCGCCAAGUCGGAGGCCGAACCUCAUGCUCAGCCUCAGGCCAACCCUGAGCCCGUCAUCGAGACGCCAAGUCUCCUUGAGCGAUUAGCCGGCAUCACCAUCGGCAAGGCCAAGGUCGAGCCGGUUGAGGAUGGCUCGAAAUCUGUCGAAGUCUCGGUUCCCAAGAUGGACGCCUCGGAGUCGUCGGAAUCUGAGGAGGAGUCAGAGGAGGAUUCGGAUGAGGAUUGGAAACCUGCCCAGCCCGCCUUGACGACGUGCUACACCCCGAAGGACCCCGAGGUGACGGAGAAAUGCGACUCCCCGGCCGCCAACGAGCGCAACAUCUGCUUCACCAUCUACAGCGAGAAGGACGUCCCGCUGCAGGGAGGGUGCAAGACGGUCAACGAGGACAAGUUCAUCGCCGCCGAGAUGUGCGAGCCGCAGGGCAGCGGCAAGAGCUGCACCUGCGCCACGGCCCCGAUGUGCAACCGCCCGAAAAUCGAGGUCGAGGAGGACAGCGACGAGGAGGAC